AGGAAAAAAAAAAAACCUACUGCCCCCUUGACGUUUUUGAUCACAUUUCAUUCAGUAGAAAAAAUCUGUAAAAUAAAAAUAUCUACCUACGCGUUUUAUCAAUUUUCCGUUACGAAAUUAUAGUAAAUAGCAUUAUACUGUUGUGUUGUGUAUAUUAUAGUGAAAAGCUUCUGAUCUCCGCCUUGAUAACGGGAAAUAUGUCUUUAUAACCUGUAUACGCCUUACGUAAGAGGAACGUACAUUUUGUUAAACAGAAAUGGGUAAUAAAGUAUCAGCCGAGGCCAGCAUGCCUGGGAGCAAUAUCAACCCUCCAUCAGAAUGUCCAAUGCACAACAAAGCUGCAAAUGCUGGAGGUGACACCAAGCCACGUCCUUCAGAGUGCCCUGUACAGCAUGAUGGGAAUGAUGUCAACCCCUAUAAUAUGAUGCCCCCAGCAAACCAACAGCCUGCCCCUGACCAGCCUUUCUUGUUGCCCACCAACCGCCAAGUAUCCUCGAUUCCUCGUGCUAUGCCUGAUGGAACUACUGAGUUCUGGGUGUACCCUAGCCAGCAAAUGUUUUGGAAUGCCAUGCUUCGCAAGGGGUGGCGUUGGAAGGAUGAAGAUAUAAAACAAAAAGACAUGGAUGAUAUAAUCAAAAUACACAAUGCCAACAAUGAACAGGCUUGGCAGGAGGUGUUGAAAUGGGAAGCUUUGCAUGCAAAGGAAUGUGGACAUCCUAGGCUGAAGAGUUUUGGUGGCAAGGCUACACAGUACAGCCCCAGAGCUCGCAUUCGCUCUUGGCUGGGAUAUGAGCUACCUUUUGACCGCCAUGAUUGGAUUGUAGACCGCUGCGGGAAGGAAGUCCGUUAUGUCAUUGAUUAUUAUGAUGGUGGAGAAGUAGACAACCACUACCAGUUUGCCCUUCUUGAUGUCAGGCCAGCAAUGGACUCUGUUGAAAAUGUUUGGGACAGAAUGAAAGUCUUCUAUAUGAGAUAUCGCUAUGAACUACUUGGUGAUAAAGAUACUAAAUUGACUAACUAAACAUAUGAUAAGAGUAUUACUUCAAUACCAUUUACACUGUUAUUAUGUAUAUUAGAUCAAGUUUUGUUGAUCCUAUAUAAUAUUAUUUUUAAAUAUCAGUAAGAAAAUAAUGUUGUGUGGGGUUCUUCUGUCGGCAAUAGGUUGUCACUUUGGAUACUCUUUGUGAUCAUAUUCCUAAUAUGUAAAUUUUAAUCAUAAUUUAUUUCACCAUUAGUAGUUAAUGUUAUUUUAGUUUUAUUUUCAAAAUUUCUCAUGUCCCACCAACUUCAAGAAGUUUAGAAAUGUUUGAUUCCUAAAUGUAGACAAAAUUAUUUAAGAAUGCUACUGGAAGACAAAAUUAAAUUUGCAAAUAAAAUGUUGAAUCUGAUGUAUAUUUAACUAAGUACUUAAUAUACUAACUAUGAAUGUAGAAGUCGAUUAAAUAAAAUAUCUUCACUUCA